UGGUCAAAGAUAGUGAGAUGUCUUAUGACGGUGACUGACGGGAAUGAAGGGGAAUGGUGGCGAAUGAUGGGGAAUGACACCCAAUGACAGCAAAUGAUGCCAAAUCACAUAAAUACAAGAAAAAUAUAUAGUCCGAAUUGGCAGUUUGGUGUAUAUAGAACAUGAACGUAUUACCAAUAUAAACAAGAAGCGCCAUUAUUUUCAACUUACAAUUACUUUCAUUUUUGAAAGCAAAAUUUAACGUUCGCAAGUAGUUUUCUGCUCUAAAAUGAAUUUUAUUGUCUGGGAAUGGGAAUUUGAUCUAAACCUCUGGGUUCCCUACAGCCCAGAAGUUUCUCAUUUCCUCGAAAAUGCUUUCAAAAACAACAAAGAUGUUGUCGAUGUUGGCCAAGCUGACCCUAACUUGUCAUGUUAUAAAGUAAGCUUGAAAAAUAUGUCUCAAACCCGGCUUGAAACUGGUACAGCCAGGCAUAUCAGAAGGAAGCCUUAUCCUAGUAGUCAUCAAUGUGCAUCUAUUGGAAUCGUAUGGGAAUGGUUAUCUGAUUUUAACACAUGGACUGCAUAUGACAUGUUAACAGCACAAUACCUAGAAAAAGAACACCUAAAUAGAUCUAUCCUAGACCUUGAAAAUACACCAAUAGGAAUACCUAAUUUAGUAGAUUUUAAGAAGAAGGUACAAAUUAAUAAGUAUACACAUUUUGAACGUCCUAUUCGGAGAAGUCAUACAACUCCAUACCCGCUUGACAGUGGGCAUAUUAGUUUCCAUAGUAACAACACAACAAAUAUGAAAUCAGGAUUCAGCCCAUCAUCAUCAAGUAAAUCCCCAGUACACAGCUCUUCACUAAGCACAGCCUCAGGACCCUCCUCAAAACAAAGAGAUCGUCCUGUUACACAAACUCAAAGUCAUACCAAGCAACAGUUGUCUUAUGGUGCUGGUGCAAUUGGUGGUACAAGUUUUGGAGAUGAAAAUGAUAAAGUAUCAAGAAGUAGAACAUCAGAACUUAAAUCACCAUUAAAACAAAGAGACGAAUAUAAAAGAAAGAAAUUCAAGCUGAACACACAACAUGACAAGGAUCCUCUGAAAUCAUUCUGUAAGGAUGUUAAAGAAUCUACAGACCAGGAUUGUUCCAUCUGUUUUGAAAAGUUAAAAGAUGUUUCUGGUUUCCAUGACACCAGUAGCAAGCCACCAGACUCUGACAUCAAGGAGUUAAAAAAAUGCAAGCACAGGUUUCAUGGGACAUGCCUUCUGGAGUUCAUGAAAUCAGGUUCCAAGAAUGGCUGGAUCCAGUGUCCAACAUGUAAGGCUAUUCAUGGCAUUAAGCAUGGUAAUCAACCCAAAGAUGGCACCAUGGAUGUGUCAAGAAGCCGUCAGAGUCUACCAGGUUAUCAUGGCCAUGGGAUGAUUGUAAUUACUUAUGACUUCAGAACUGGAAUACAAGACAAGGAACAUCCCCAUCCUGGGAAAGUUUAUUAUGCCUCAGGGUUCCCACGAAUCUGUUACUUACCAGACAAUGAAAAAGGACAAAAGGUGUUCAGGCUUCUGAAGAAGGCAUGGGAACGCAGGCUGAUAUUCACUGUUGCAACGUCCAAUACAACAGGACAAGAUGACACUGUGGUAUGGAAUGAAAUUCACCACAAGACGGAAGCGUUCUCUAAUAUUUCAGGCCAUGGUUUUCCAGAUCCUAAUUACCUGGACAAUGUUUUAGCAGAACUGGCGGUGCAAGGCAUUGACGAUAGUGAUGAUGAUGGUGAUAAAGUUUAAAUUUUAAAACUCAAAAUGGAAAUUAUAUCAUUGGCUGUCAUUUGCAUUACUCGGAAUAUGACGUACAUAAGAAGAGAAGCUAACCAGAAAUCCUUUCAUAAUCUGUACGUUAGAGUGGAAUGUGAAAACCAAUCGUAUCCCUUUUAGAUUUUCAUUACCAAGGAAAAAAUUGUGACCAGGGGCGGAUCCAGGGGAGAGUGCAGGGGGUGCGCACCCCUCCCUGGUUACAUUUUGUGCUACUACUUCGAAGAUAACCAUUUUUGUUUUUUGCCUU